AUGGCAAGGACCCACCAUCCUUUCCCCCCUCGUGUCGGCGGGGUGCUGAGGCCAGGAGCAGGCCCUGGUGUGCUCUGUCCAGGAGCGCUCCCUCGUCUCACUUCCCAGUGGAUCUCCACUCAGCCUCCUCUACUUGAGCUUCUCCACACGGAUCAACCGCCGUUUAAUGGGAGCCACCCUGACACUGUCCUGCACCUCGUGUUGCUUGGCGUGUGCAGUGGCAGUGCCCUCUCCCUGCCAUCGAGCUGGCACCGGUUUUUGUACAGCCAUGUAUCACUGUGGUGGGUGUUCGGAGGAGGAACCCAGCUGACCGUCCUUGGACAGCCAAAGGCCUCUCCUACAGUGCACCUCUUCCCUCCCUCCUCGGAAGAGAUCAGCAGCAAGAGCAAGGCCACGCUGGUGUGUCUGAUGGACAGCUUUUACCCCGGCUCAGUCCUGGUCACCUGGAAAGCUGAUGGCACCACCAUGUCCAGUGGAGUGGAGACCACCAAGCCGUCCAAACAGAGCGACAACAAGUACAUGUCCAGCAGCUACCUGUCGCUGAGUGCCUCCGACUGGAAGAGCCACGAGACCUACACCUGUCAGGUGACGCACGACGGGAAGAGCAUCGAGAAGACCCUGAAGAGAUCGGAGUGCUCUUAGCCCGCAGCCCCGGAGGGCUCGGCCGGCUCCUGUCCCAGUCAGUAGAGAGCUGGGAUCCCUGAGGAGUUGGGAUCCUUCUGUAGUACCUCCUUAAUGUUGAUUUCCAGCAACUGUAUUUCUACUUUCUAUGGAGGUCAGUCCCUCUGAUGCCUGCCAUUCUUCUCAUGUAUCCUUCUCCCACCCUCCCCUCUCUGAAUUCCCUGCACCUGUUGCUCCUGCUUUGAUCUCGGAUGCAGCCUUGUUACAGUAUUAAUAAAACCAGAAACAGUUUAACUCUCA